AUGUCGAAAUCUAGAUUACCCCUCGCGCUCGGUUUAACCGCUGCUGGUGGUGUUGGCUACUACCUCUAUAGCGCGGGUGGCGACGGCAAAGUCGCUCAGAAGAAAGCUGAAGCCGACGCGCACAGAAUCUCUACCCAGUUCAAAUCGGAGUUGCCCGGUCGGGGAGAGGAGGCGAAGAAGGAUGCGGAGAAGUAUGGCGCACAAGCGGGCGCAAAGGUUGACAAUACCAUCAGCAAGACGCAAGCCGAAUUGCGAAAGGCUGCUGAGGAAGCUGAGGCCUAUGCCAGAGAGACCGGAGCCGCCACUCGGAAGAAGAUUGAUGAAUUCGACAAGAAGGUCGAGGCCGAGGCGUCCAAAGCCAAGAGCGGUAUCUCAAGCUGGUUUGGCGGCGGUGGAAAAUAA